GGCUCCGCCCGCCUCCCGCCGCCUCCCUCUGCCGCCCGCCGCCGCCCGGCGCCAACCGCGCCGCGAUGCCCCGCAGCCCGCCCCCCGCGCGGGCCCGCGCCCGCUCCUAGCCCGCGCCCGCCGCCGCGAUGGGCAACACGGUGCACCGCGCGCCGCCAGAGCCCAGCGCCCCCGCGCGCCUGCUGACCCCCCGGCCGUGCUGCGGGCCCGAGCGGCGGCCGGCACCGGGCGAGGCGCCCCGCUUCCACGCGCAGGCCAAGGGCAAGAACGUGCGCCUGGACGGGCACUCGCGGCGGGCCACGCGGCGCAACAGCUUCUGCAACGGGGUGACCUUCACGCAGCGGCCCAUCCGGCUGUACGAGCAGGUGCGCCUGCGGCUGGUGGCCGUGCGGCCCGGCUGGAGCGGCGCGCUGCGCUUCGGCUUCACGGCGCACGACCCGUCGCUCAUGAGCGCGCACGACAUCCCCAAGUACGCCUGCCCCGACCUGGUCACCCGGCCCGGCUACUGGGCCAAGGCGCUGCCCGAGAGCCUGGCGCUGCGCGACACGGUGCUGGCCUACUGGGCCGACCGCCACGGCCGCGUCUUCUACAGCGUCAACGACGGCGAGCCGGUGCUCUUCCACUGCGGCGUGGCCGUCGGGGGGCCGCUCUGGGCGCUCAUCGACGUCUACGGCAUCACCGACGAGGUGCAGCUGCUCGAGAGCGCCUUCGCCGACACGCUGCCGCCCGCGCGCCCCGGCCAGCCCCGCCUGAGCGCCUGCCCGCCGCCCGGCAGCCACGACAUCGCCAACCUGGACAACGACGCGCUCGAGAGCCACGGCGGCGUGGCGGCCAAGCUGGGGCGGCUGACCCUCGGCCGCCCCGCCGGCGCCCCCGCCGGCGCCCCCGCCCCCGCGCCCGGCCCCGCCCCCGCCGCCCCCGCGCCCGCCCGUCCGCGCCCCGCGUCGUCCCCGCCCGCGCUGCUGGACGCCGAGCUGCGCUUCCACUGCACGCGCGGCCCCGACGUGAGCCUGUCGGCCGACCGGCGCCUGGCCCUGGCGCGCCCCGACGGCGGCCGCACGCUGGUGUUCUGCGAGCGCCCCCUGCGGCCCGGCGAGAGCCUGUGCGUGCAGCUCGGCCGGCCGGGGCUGGCGGCGCCCGGGGCUCUGGCCUUCGGCAUCACGUCGUGCGACCCGGGCGGCCUGCGCCCCGCCGAGCUGCCGGCCGACCCCGACGCGCUGCUCGACCGCAAGGAGUACUGGGUGGUGGCGCGCGCCGGGCCCGUGCCCAGCGGCGGCGACGCGCUCAGCUUCACGCUGCGGCCCGGCGGCGACGUGCUGCUCGGCGUCAACGGCCGCCCGCGGGGCCGCCUGCUCUGCGUGGACACCACGCGGGCGCUCUGGGCCUUCUUCGCCGUGCGCGGGGGCGCCGCGGGCCAGCUGCGCCUGCUGGGAACCCUGCAGGCCAGCCCUGCCACCUCUCCCUCUGGGUCCCUCAGUGGCUCCCAGGAUGACAGCGAUUCCGACAUGGCCCUCAGUGUGAACCACUCGUCCUCUGCCUCAGAGUCAUCCCUAGUGACGGCCCCCAGCUCCCCACUGAGCCCCCCAGUGUCCCCCGUGUUCGCCCCGGAGCCGGCUGGCAGCAGGAGCAGUGAAUGCACGGUGUGCUUUGACGGCGAGGUGGACACGGUCAUCUACACGUGCGGCCACAUGUGUCUGUGUCACGGCUGCGGCCAGCGGCUCAAGCGGCAGCCCCGCGCCUGCUGUCCCAUCUGCCGGCGACCGCUCAAGGAUGUCAUCAAGAUCUACCGCCCUUAGCCCGGCUCAGCCUUGGCGGGAGGGAGCAGCGGACCUUGCCGAAGCUCCCACCUGGGCUCAGGGUGGCCAGCUAUCUAAGAGACAGGGCCUCUGGGGGCACAUGCCCGGGCGAGGGGUGCUCCCAGCUCCCAAGUGCUUUGCCCCCCAAAAGGCCACCCCCAGAACAAGCUCAGGAAUGGCCUGGCGGGCCACCCCGUCCAUCAGGGACCUCGCAGCUGGGAAACAGCGACUGUGUGCAAUGCUUUCUGCUGGGAAGGGGGAGGGGAGAGAGAGUGUGUGUGUGCAGGGCUCCGGGCUCUGGCCAGUGCUUCUCCACAGACACCGCUGGCCUAAUGCAGAGUGAGCCGAGGGGGCUGUGACCUUGCUGGUCUUGAAAGUAGGCGAUCUGCAGCCCAUGAGGAGGGCUGCUCUUGGGAGGGGAGGGCUGGGCCAGCUUGUGGUUUAAAGCUCCCAGUUGCCAUCCAAGGGGAACCGAAAAGCCUGCUUGGCUUGGCUUUGGUACUCAGCGGGGUAGAACUCCCCAGCAAUGUGGACUCCCUACCCCCUACCACACCCCCACCCCAUCCAGACGGCCUCUUCCUCAGCACAGUACACCUUAACCUUGGGCUCCAGAUGCUUCUAGUGGUCUCCCCGCUCUGAGUCUGUGAGGAGAAGAAGAAUCAUGUUUGAUCUCCCUGGAAGCAAGUGACCCCCCUCUCCCACUCCAGGGACCCCUCUGAGGCUCGGAUAAAUGAGGAGGAACCAGGGCCGUGGGACCAGUCUUCAUUCCAAUUUGUAGCUUAGCUCCUCAUACUGGCCACACUGAAGGGAACUGCUCGUGGAGAUGUUAACUGUAUAACAGCUGACACCUUCCCUGACCUGGUGACUCUCAGCAUCCUGGCCCUAAGCCCCACUGCUCCCACCCCUGCCCUGCCUGGUCCUCUCUGCAGACCCAGGGUCACAUUCUCCUGUCUUCUGGGCCCUGUCCUGCCUCCUCUGCUCAGGCACAGGCAGUGUCUUUUUUUUUUUUUCUUUAUUAGGGGAUUAAUGUUUUACAGACAUACUGUGUCGUUAGGGACAUCCCUAAGCUGUUUCUCAGUCCCCAGUCUGCCCAGGAAGAGAGCCACUCCAGAUCUCUCAGAGAAGACCAACAGAAUGUUCUAGAAAGCCAAAACACCUUAAAGAGAGCAAGUGUCGCUCUUCUUCCUAGUCCAUUCAUCUGCUGGGAGAGGCAGGGUGAGGAGAACGUGCUGGAGGCUUGUAGGCCACAUAACAAAGACUCACUGCGCGCCCUGGACUCCAGAGCCCAAGCUUUGUCCCCUGAGACUGUUGGUCUUUGCCCACGUGUCCUUCUGGAGCUUGGCCCAGCUGCUGCUUCUCUGGCCAGAGGUGGUCCUGGUGUUUUGGUCCCCGUCUCAACUCCAGAUUCUCACUUCUCCCCCCUGCAGGACCCCCUGGUGGAUUCUUCUCUUCCCUGAUAAGUCUGGGGAACAGACCCACAUAUCAUUUUACAGCAGGAUCUUUGGGGGAGGCACCCGGAACCCCAACAUACUUGGGGAGAGACUUAGUAGAUUUGGGUACCUGGCUGAGCCAGCCCUAGGAGCCAUCAUUACCCCAGAAGCCAUGUGUAUGUGAGGUCUUGAUCGCCCCCUCCCCAGGCCUUUUCCCUGGCUGGACCAUAGUCCCAAGCUCAAGAGUCAGCCCCCCCCCCCUUCACCCAUGCACUUGCCCUUCCUGACCCACUGCCAGGGUCUUGGCACCACACUGAGAACCAGGGUCCUGGGCCCUGGAGCCAGCCUGUCGUAAGGGAGACCAGGCGCCUGGUGGCCCAGGGAGCUUGCUUGUUCUUGCGGCCUUGUCCCCAGUGGAGAAGCACUUCCUGAUACUAGAAACUGAUCUACUUGAGGUGCAGAGGAGACCUCAUGUUGCUCUCUGUUCUGGCUUGGAGGGGGCAGGCAGGAGGAAGAGACGAGGGGCCCCUCUUGUUUACUCUGCAUUACCACGUGCCUUGGUGGUGGGCAAGUGAGGUGCCCCCACGCCUCCGCCCUGCCAGGCCAGGUGAGCACCGUCUCGGGUCAGAUCUAAGACACCGCCCGCUGUAAACCGCGUGAUCAGAGAUGCUGAGGCGGGCAGGUGGUGCCGCGCAGCGUCGCUGGAAUAUGGUGACCCCACACCGGGCAGGUCAGAGCAAGGAGUCCCGCUAGAGUCAAACCCAGAAGUGGUUGGUGCUGAAUCCUGCCCUCCCACUGCCUGGCAUCCCACCCCAGAAAGUCCGCCUUUUCUUUUUUGAAACACACCUGCCUCCUGAGAUUGCUGGGGCAUCUAUGCUCAUGUGAAGGGGUCUAGCCCUGGAAGAAUGUCUCAAAAGUGACCCCAUGCCCACCUUCUGGCAGAGCUAAGCAAACUCCUGGGAGCUUAGACCCAACCCCAGGAUCUCCUCUCAUUCACCUGGACCCUUGUCCCACCACCAUCCUGGACCACAUGGCCAACAGCCCCCCCCCCGGGCACGACAGAGGGCACCCCCUUUGCUGUGGUUCAGUGUCUCCUGGGUGUCCGGAGAAAUGGGCUGAUCCAAGUCCAAGCCAGCUCCUUUUCUAGUCCGUUCCCAGAAUGAGGGAGUCCUCUGGGACUCGGCCACCUGGGGCAGUUUUUCCGCUCACAGUAAACACUGCCUCGGCCAUUUGACCCCCACUGACCCUCAAGGCCCUUGUUGGGCCGGGAGCUGGGAAGGAGCCCACAUGGAGAGACAAACAGACCUGCCCCUCCCCAGCCUCUAGCUCACACGUAGUAGGUGCUCGCUCAGCCAGAGUUUUCCUGAGUAAAUCAGACGUGUGUACAGAGGGUUAGCAAAACAGCACGACCUACCUACACACAGAGUCAUUCAACAAACGUGCUGAGUGCCUGCUAGGAUGUCAUACCAGGUGAGAUGUGUGGGGACAAUUCAGUGGUCUCUUUGUCACAGGCUGGUCAUAGGAAGCUCCCCUUGCUGGAUGCUUCCCCAGACUGCUUUUCUGCCCCAAGCUUCCUGCCUGCCUGGACAGACCUCCCCUGCACACCAGGUGCAACUUGCUGACCACGAGCUUGGGCAGAACCCCCAAGCCCCGCCCCCUCUGACAGUCACCCUCAGGUCCUGCUAGAGAGACAUGGAGACAGGGUUCCCUGCUGCUUCAGGCCCUGAAACAGAGGAGUGCCCCCCCCCCCCGUGUGUUGCUGUUUGCACUUGGAGAAGAGGAGGCAGACACACACACACACACACCCCCCACACACACACACACACACUGCCCAGUAGGCAUCUGCCCCAGCUCUGGUGGGACUCCAGCCCAACAACACGUGGCCUGCCAUUUCUAGGCACAACCUUGUCCUUUUUUUUUUUUUUCCUAUGUUUUCCCAAUGAGAUGACUUGUACAACAAUCUGUCUGUGCCUUAUGAAAGUGUGUCUGCACUUUUUACAAAAUCCUCUUACAAAGCCACUUCACAAGGGAGACUCAGAGUCACGGCCGUCCAGCCAUAAGGAGGGGACUGACGCUGUCCGCCGUUAUGUUUCCAAUGCUGGAGUGAAGCCUGUGCGCCUGCGACCUAUGUACAGACCUUUCACAAAUGUCUCUCGCUCUUCUUUGUCUGAUUCAAUACUGUGACCUCUCCAAACAGUCUAAUCUUUGGGGACCUGUAUAGAGGUUUGAAAACUUGGGGGUGGGAGAGGGUUGGGAGGGCUUUGCACUGGUCCUGUGUGUUGUGUUCUUGUGUGUUAUGUUUUGAUUUUUUUGUGCCUUUGUAUCUGUUUUAUAUUAAUGUAUUUUUUCCUGUUUAAAAAUGAAUACAAAUUCGGCUUGUUUUAAAAA